UCCUAGAGUUUGGAAGUCAGCAUCAGCAAAGCCGCUGAAUACUUAGCCCAAAGGUACCAGUCUCUAACCAGACCAUACACUGUGGCUCUUGCGUCCUAUGCCUUAGCCAUGGUGGGGACACUGGACACUGAGAAGACGCUCAUGAGAGCUUCGACAGAGGGAAAUCGCUGGGAAGAGCCAAACGCCCACACCUUCAACACUGAGGGCACCUCGUACGCCUUGCUGAAAAUGAAGAAGUAUGAGUUGACUGGUCCCAUAGUCAGAUGGCUGAGAGAGCAGAACUACUAUGGAGGAGAAUAUGGAUCUACCCAAGCGACCAUCAUGGUGUUCCAGGCUCUUGCGCAGUACCAGAUAGACAUCCCCCUACACAAGGAGCUGAAUUUGAUUGUUUCUAUUUUCCUGUCACAUCAUUCUAGGCCUAUAAAGUACAGAAUCUCAAAUGAGGAUGCUCUAGUGGCCAGAACAGCAGAGCUCAAAUGGAAUGAAGACUUCACUGUGAAGGCAGAAGGAACUGGACAAGCAACAGUAACGAUAAUUUAUAACGCAAAGCGAAAGGAAGAUGAAUCUCAGUGUAAGAAGUUUGACCUGAGGGUAUCGGUUGAAGAAGCCCAGGGUGUUAAGAAGCCGGAUGGAGCGAUGCGUUCAGUCUAUAUUAAAAUCUGCAUCAGGUUCCUCGGUGUGGUUGAUGCCACAAUGUCUAUCAUCGAUGUCUCCAUGCUCACUGGCUUCUCACCGGACAUGGAGGAUCUUAAGAGACUUUCCCAAGGGGUCAACAGAUACAUUUCCAAGUUUGAAAUCAACAAAGCCCCAUCCGACAGAAGCAACCUCAUAAUCUAUGUGGACAAGGUUUCUCACAGAGAGGAGGAAUGCCUGCAGUUUAAAGCUCACCAGUUUUUCGAAGUGGGGCUCAUUCAGCCGGCAUCCGUCACAGUCUACGACUAUUACAGCAUAGAUGACCGGUGCACCAAGUUCUACCACCCGUCUAACCAGAGCGGGCUCUUCAAUAUGAUCUGUCACAGGGGCAUCUGCCGGUGUGCAGAAGAAAGCUGCUUCAUGCAGCAGAAGAUAGAGGGUCCAAUCACCCAGAACAGACGAAUGGAGGAAGCCUGCAAACCUGGAGUGGAUUAUGUGUAUAAAACCAGGCUUGUUAGAAUUCAACAAGUGGAUAGUUCUGACUACUACAUCAUGGAAAUUGUGGAACUCAUUAAGGCAGGGACUGAUGAAGAUCCACAAGGAAAUACCCGCCCAUUCAUCAGCCACAUAAAAUGCAGGGAGUCUCUGAGGCUGGAGCGUAACAAAGACUACUUGAUCUGGGGACUCAGCACCGACUUGUGGCCCAGGGAAGCUGAGCUAUCCUACAUCAUUGGCAAGGACACCUGGAUCGAGAAGUGGCCCAACGAGGACGAAUGCCGGAAGCCGGAUUUCCAGAACCUCUGCCAGGAAUUCCUUGAGUUCUCUGAAGCCAUGACCAUGUUUGGCUGCCCAGUCUAAACUUGGACCCAGCUUUCCCAGCAGCCCCAAGGGGACAGUUUGAGCUGAGAUGGAGCAUAACCCUCAAGGUGGAGACAUCUCCACUCAGAGUCCCAGUGCUGCUGACACUCGCCACUAGCCCUGUCCUCUUCGGGGGUUUCACUCUCUUUUCUUCUUAUUUUUUUCCAUAUAUAUAUAUAAAUAAAUAAAAGGCUGAUUUCUUA